GAAGUAAGAGCGAGACAGCCACGAGUAUUCCAUUGAUUUCAAUUACUGUCAUUCUGUCAGAGUUCAUUUACACAUCAGUCAUCUCUCGCUACCUGCAGCACAAUAUCUAUGCAUACAAGACCCUAUUCUUCUGGCAUCUUGAAUCGAGACCACCAACAGUAUACCAACAUGAAUGGCCUCCUCCCCCUACUGUACUGCAUAGGAAUCCUGGGUGCCCUGUUGUGUGGAGUUCAAGGCAAUGUACAGGUUAAUACUGGUGAAGACAAUAGUGAUUCCCAAACUCCACAAAUGCAUUCAGCAGAAAGUAGACUUCAAGAAAACAACACUGCAGCUUCUACACCCACUGCUGCAGGCGGCGUGAACAGCUCUGCGAGCACUGAGACAGCUGACACCAGGAGCAGUAGCACUUCACCUUCAUCUGGCCCAUAUCACCCUGCCACCCCUGCCACCACUGCUACCACUGCCACCCCUGCCACCACUGCUACCACUGCCUCAUCUUUAGCUGUGUUUUACAGAAAGGAAUGGUUCACAGUGCUCAUGGUGGCUGGUGGGCUGAUCAUAGCCUGUGUUAUUCUGCUCCUCUGUACUUUGAUGCUGGCAUGCAAGGUGUGUCAGUUGAGCAGGCGCCUCAAGAUGCUGAGCAGCAGCGCAGACCUGAUCAGCGGCUCCGAAUACUGGGUGGGAAUGGCCAAGAAGAACAAAGACAAGUCAGAGACAGAAGCUAAAGAGACCAGCAUGUUAAUGGCUGACCUCAACCAAACGAAGGAGGCCGAGACUGACAGUACCACCAAGGAAGAAGAAGGGAAGGUAAAGGAGGACGGACAAACAGAGGAGGAGAACAAGAAGGAGGUGGGAGCUGCUGCCAACAGUGAGGAGGCUUCAGCGGAUGCGAACAAGAACGAGACACCUGUGGAAAAUUCAUCCUCCUCAAAGCCACAAGAUGAUGACGCUGACUCCCAGCCCACUGAGGCUGUGGCUGCCCCUUCCUCUGAGGGCACAGGGGAACCAAAGGAUGCAGUGUAGAGUUGUGCCUGCAUGUGUGUUCCAGAGUUUCCUGAGUGACUGCCUUCACUUCUCCAUAGUUUUACAACCACUUGACUGUAAAUAAAGCAUACUUUUUUUUUCUCAGCAGCUUGCUUUUACAGUAAUUUGAAGUGUGCGUGUGUGUGUUUGUUGCUGAAUCUGUCACAACGAGCAGUGAGUAUUUCUGGUUGACAACAAUUGUUUGAUACUGUAUAUCAGUCUAACUUCUGUGUUUUGAAUAUUAAAAUAUUUUAAUAUUAUAAUACACUUUUGUGCAGUUGAAUUUAUAUCUUAAAUACUUUUUGUACAUGAUUCACAGCAUUUAUGAUGUAUAAACAUAUGAAGCAACCACAGAAAUAAAACACCCAUUGUAACCCUA